AUGGAUGGAGAGGUACAACGAUAUGCUCGACAAAAUAUUAAUGCGGCCGGUCUUGGGAUUCGUAACAUACGUUCUGGAGCUGCGACGGUAGCAGUAUAUGUUCGAUUUCUUAAUCUAACUGAUGUAGAUGUGGAUGUCAUUUGGAUUAAUGAAGAGGGAAGAGGAAUCCGUUAUGGGCAGUUGAAGAAGUCGCAAUAUCUGGAUAUAAGUACUUAUGAAGGUCAUCCAUGGAUAUUUAGAGAGUCAGGAGUCGGUGACUUACUUAUAGGACAGCCUGGUCGGAUAAGUGUGUAUUUUCCAAAGCGAGAGAAUAUCAAUGUCAUAAGUCGGGUUUGCGUCCUAAUAACGUUUCCGUUGAUGUCUCUAAGAGACUGGGCUGUGCGUGCUGUUGCAAAUUUUGUGGAAAUCGCUCCAUAUGCUUUACUGACGUUACCUAUUCCAGCCAGUCAAAUUGUUAGUUUUUCUUGUCUAUUGAACCCAUGGCAGUCUUUACCUGACCAGCAAAACCGAAAUCUUUUCAGAAAGUCGUGCAAAAGUUUACUUGUUCAUCGACUUCAGUAUGUCAGCAUGUUUGAACCAAAUCCGUUGGUGGGACGGCGUCUUCGAGCCACAGUUCGGCGUUACAUGAAUGUGAGAUGUCUUCUAUUUCCAGCUUGA